AUGCCGGGGGAGGCUCUCUUUACCACGGCAUCUCCAAGCUCAUUAACGCCGAGAUACCCACAGGCACACCAUGGGGAUACAAUCACCUUUUGGGUCACCGGUCUUGCCUCGGAUGAAUGGAGGAACAACAGAGGAACUUCCGAAGCAUCAGAAGGCUUCGUUGAUCGGGACGAAAUCGACCUAGUAAUAGAUCUUCGUGACUUCAAGCGAUCCAGCACCAGCUCAUCGGCUCCUUGGCCUACGCUGUAUAUUGACAGGGUGAGUGUCGAGAUCUCAGAAGGCUUCGUCGAUUGGGACGAUAAUGAUCCCUUGAGCCCAAGAAACUUCAUUCGCGACGCGACGCUGGCUCGUCGAUGCCGCGCUGGAAGAGCCACUGAUGAUGAGCUUUCCGACCGUCUGAGCCAUGAGCUCAAACUUCAGUCUGCUCGCUGCAUAGACCGUGGUCUGUCUUUCUGUCAGCCUGACACUGGCUGUCCGAUCUCCAACUUCAUACCCAAGUGGAUUGAGCUGGUGAACUUUGGUUCAAGAACCAUCACGAAAGGCACAACGGACUCAAGGUAUUUCGCAGGCACUAUUACUGGGGAGCAUGACUCAAUCAUAUAUGUAAAGGCUGGAGUCAAUACCUUCGAACGCGACUACGACCAGUGA